AUGAAAGGCAAAAAUUGCUUCAGGAAAGCAGCGGAGUUGUGGAUGAAAGACACAUGCAUUAACAUCACAGAAGAUCCAAAUGAAGAAGCUGAGGACCUUCUUCUUGUGUUCAAGGAACACGGAUGUUGGGCAGAAGUUGGCAGACAAGAAGGAUGGCAGUUACUUUCACUGGGCAAAGACUGUGACACUGUAGUGUUUGAA